CAAAAAAGUGUUAGCCACACUCAUACACAUACAUAUAGUGUGUGUUUGUUCUACAAAGGACCUCCCCUCGAAGGAUAGUUACAUUUAUAUUCGCAAUUUCAAUUGACGGAAAAAUGCAUUUCCACUUCAAUGAAUUCGUUUUUAGUUCCCUGCUGUGCAUGGUGGCGCUUUUGGCGGAUUACUUUCAUGGCGCACAUGGCUUAUCCACCGUUGAUACGGUACGUCGCUCUGCAGGAUUUACAUUUAGUUCGGUGAAUGGCAGCAACGGUGGCAACGGUAACAUUCCUGGAACAACGCCGGCAACAGUUUUAUCACGACAACUAAUAGUGGGCACCAUACCGCAGCUUACGUUCCCGUCUAUUACCAAUUCGUAUUGUAUUUGCGUGCCUCCAGGUUCUUGUCCUAAUCCCUUGCCAACAGCACCGACGGACGGCAGUGGACAAAUCGACAUACGCAUCGUAAAUAAUGGAAGCAUUGCGACCACAAUAACACCCGGUACUUGCAACUAUGGACUUCAGCUCUGCUGUCAGGCUGGGUCAUACCAAUGUGGUUUGAGCUAUCCGCCACCGCCCGGAAGUUCAGCUGCUGGUGCAGGUCAAGCGCAAUUCGGUGAAUAUCCCUGGGUAGCUGCAUUGCUUACCACAGCCGAAGUAUAUUUGGGUGCAGGAGCGCUAAUCACGGCACAGCAUGUGCUCACAGCCGCCCAUAAAGUUUAUAAUAUCAGCACGUCUUCUUUCAAGGUGCGCGUUGGCGAAUGGGAUGCAGCAAGCACCUCCGAAGUGAUACCCGCACAGGAUGUAGCCAUUGCUAGCGUUUUUAUUCACCCGAAUUUCAAUUCGGCCAAUUUGCAAAAUGAUGUCGCCAUCAUAAGGCUCGCCUCGCCCGUCUCACUAUCGACGAAGUCCACGGUGGGCACUGUCUGCUUGCCAACCACCACGUUUGUGGGUCAAAUUUGCUAUGUGGCCGGUUGGGGUAAGAAUGAUUUUGGGCCGACUGGCGCUUAUCAGGCUAUACAACGUGAAGUCGAUGUGCCGCUCAUUACGAAUGCAGCUUGUCAAACGAUGUUGCAGGCCACGCGGCUCGGACCAACUUUUCAACUGAAUAACAGUAGCUUCAUUUGUGCUGGCGGUCAAGCCGGCAAGGAUGCGUGUACGGGCGAUGGUGGUGCACCGCUGGUCUGCCAGAACAACAAUGUAUGGUAUGUGGUCGGUUUGGUGGCUUGGGGUAUUGGCUGUGGUCAAGGUGGCGUGCCCGGCGUUUACGUAAAUGUAGCAACGUAUUUGGCGUGGAUUCAAACAGUUUUAGCUUCUUCGUAAUUGGUGACCAAAUACCAUUCGGUUUGAUAUUACGUAGCAUAUAGAAUAACCACAACGUAUGUGGUCGCUUAAUUAAUUGCAUAAUUGUCUGUUAAC